AGCGUACGACCCGGCCGACUACGAGAACCUGAGUGUGUCCGCCGAGAUCAAGGAACUGUUCCAGUACAUCACACGGUACACCCCUCAGUCUAUCGAGCUGGACCAUAAACUGAAGCCGUUUAUUCCGGACUAUAUUCCAGCUGUCGGCGACAUUGAUGCCUUCAUUAAGCAUUUCCGAGCCCUGGCAGAGGAGAAUAAGUUGGACAAUGAUCUGAAGGACAUCGACGGAGCCGAUAGAUUUGUCUUGUGAUGUGUGUGUGCAUGUUUGGGGCCAAUAGAUUUGUCUUGUGAUGUGCGUUUGUAUGUGUGAGUGUGUGUGGGAGGGGCCGACAGAUUUGUCUUUUUUAUUUUUAUCAGAUUUUUUUCAUAAAAUUGUGAAGAAAAACUGAAAUAUAUUGUUUUUUAUUAUUGUUGUUGUUUUGUUUUGUUUGGGGUUUUUUUUGGGGGGGGUAACAGAAAAAUACUAUAAAAAGAUUUUUCUACUCGGCUUAAUGUCACUCUCAUUCUUUCCGUCCAUUUUUCUUCUAUAUUUCAACUAUACUUGUAGAAACUAUGCUGUUUGAAAUGUUGAAAAACGUAUCUUGAAAAGAAAAUUCUUUCUGGAAUUUUAAUGAUAAUAGAAAUGUUCCUAUUCAUUUAUGAGACGAUUGAUUGAACUGAUGGCAAGAAUGUGAUUAUAUUUAUUAUUAUGUUUCUGACAGGAAUUAUUAAAGUGGUUGCCUGUUUAUUGACACGUUUUA